AUCGGGUUUUGCGACAAAAAUAAAGGCCGCAAUUGGGUUGUACUGCACCCACCCGACCUGAGUAUUUAAAAGACUUGAACCCGUGUGCUUUAUACUUCUUGGGGGUCUGGAGUGGGGAGAGAGAGAGGAGAGAGAUGGAAACGGGAAGAGUGGCGGUUGAGAAAGUUGGAGGAAAGUCAAUAGUGACAAGAUGCUAUUCAAAGUAUCCCUUAAAAUUCAUAGUACCCAACAAGGUGGGUAACUCCAAAACGGAUGCUGUUUGGAUUUAUAGCCUCACCUACGGUGGUGGCAUUGUCUCUGGAGAUUCUAUUUCAUGUAAUUUUACUGUUGGUGAUGGCUGCACCGCUGUCUUGACUACUCAAGCUUCAACAAAGGUCUACAAGUCAAUGGGAUCAAAGUGCUCUGAGCAGGUCUUAGAGGCGAGAGUGGGCAGUGAUGCACUUUUGGCCAUAAUUCCAGAUCCUGUUACAUGUUUUUCCACAGCAAGGUACACUCAAAAACAAAUCUUUAGGAUGGUUGGUGACUCAAGUCUACUCGUGGUUGAUUGGGUUACCAGUGGGCGCCAUGAAAGUGGUGAAAAGUGGGAUUUUGAUAUGUACAAGAGCACUAAUAACAUAUUCCUUGAAGAUGAUGAGCCUCUGUUUCUUGAUACGAUGCUUCUAGAGAAAGGAAGCAUUUCUUCUAUUGCAGAGCGUAUGCAGGACUACCAAGUGAUUGCAAUGGUUGUAUUUUGGGGACCUAAGAUGAAACAUAUUCAAAACCAAGUUCAAGAAGAUGUGAGAAAAAUAAUGACAGAGCAGUUACAAUUUUCGUCUCCUGCCUCAGUUCACAAAAGGAAAAGAAACUCUAAUCAUUGCAUUAACCAGCCGAACUUUAUUGCUUCCUCAAGUGUUUUUGGUUCUGAGAUAAAUGAAAUAGUUUCUCAUAUAUGCACAGGGGAAAGGGGUUGUUGUUCGAAUAGUUGCCACGACAACUGAAUCUGCAUACCGAUUCUUACGGCAUCAGUUAGCUAGCUUGGAACCACUACUUGGAGUAUUACCAUAUAACUGAAUAUUAUUCGAAUAUGUAUAUUUUAAUCAAACGACAGGUUUUUACACUUCCAUUUUAAGUGCUCCAUAACCUGGAUAAAUAUUUUUGGAGUACUUUUUUCUUAAUGGAGUUUGCUCACCACCUGUACAAUUCAUAAAAAUAUCUUCAGUAAUAAUAACUGUAUACAUAUACAGUAACCAUUAGUCAAACUUAAUAGAGGAAUAUAUUGUUAGUUA